AUGAAACUCCAAUUCCUGAUGCUUAGUUUGGAAGCUUGCUUUGCCCUUAAGCCUGUAUAUGCGGCAAGUGAUAGUAACGCGACUCCUUAUUUACCCAUUCCAACCAAUGCGCCCAAGACUUGGGUUCAUCCAGGAGUUUUUGUUUCCGGGCCGCAGCUCGACCACAUUGCCAAGAAGAUCGAGAUUAGGGAGAAUCCUUGGACGGAGGCAUGGGAUUCUAUGCUUAACAUGUCGUACAUCUCGCCUACGCGGACGGCCAAGCCAUUUGAGACGGUCGAGUGCGGACCGACAUCAACGCCCAACAUUGGGUGUUAUCAGGAGCGCGAGGAUUCAAUGGCGGCAUACAUGAACGCAUUGGCAUGGUGGAUUACGAAGGACAAGCACUAUGCUGAGAAAUCCAUCCAUUAUAUGGAUGCCUGGUCUAGCACAAUCCAAAGUCACAACAACAGCAACGCACCACUGCAGGCAGCCUGGUCGUCCGCUAAUUGGGUACGUGCAGGUGAAAUCAUGCGCUCGAGCUAUGAACACUGGUCCAAGAAGAGUAUCACGACGUUCUCCAACAUGCUACGAAACGCCUACAUCCCCAUAAUCGAGGACGGCGCCCCGCGGAAGAAUGGAAACUGGGAACUAGUGAUGAUUGAGUCCACCAUAGGGGCUGCCGUCUUCCUUGAAGAUGCAGCUCUGUACGAAAGGUCCUUGAGGUUGUUCUCCGGCCGGGUUCCCGCAUACAUCUACCUGACCUCUGAUGGGAAGUAUCCCGUGCAAGGCCGUGGUGGGAUCAAUACCACCGCGGAGAUAAUCAAAUUCUGGUACAAUCAAAAAACCUUUCCAAUUAGUGGCAUCACGCAAGAGACCUGCCGAGACCUUGCCCACACCAGCUUUGGCAUCUCAUCCAUCUCUCACAUCGCCGAGACGCUGCGUAUCCAAGGCAUGGACGUGUGGAGAUCCACGGACGUUGGUGCGCGUGUUAAGGCAGCUCUCGAGUUACAUACUGCACUCGAUUCGAAAGAGAAGCCCAUUCCUACAUGGCUAUGUAAUGGCACUAUUCCCGACACUAUGAAUCCAAUGUUAGAGCCAGCUUAUAAUGCCCUGGCCUUUAAUUUAGGUAACAGAAUGCCUUCAACUAAGAAGCAUUUGGUUCGACAGAAGGCUUUGGGCGAAAUCACCGAAGCCGAGAUCCAUUACGACAUAAAUGCAAUGCCUGAUGUUCCAUUCUUCCGCAAAGCAAAGUACAGCCCUGGCGAUGGAAUGGGUUUCGGGUUAGGAAGCCACACCCUGGAUCAAGCCCUUCAGCUCUUCGGCACUCCAAAGUGCGUCACAGGGCUUUUAAGAGUGUUACGAGACUUCAAGAGUGAGGUUGAAGACACAUAUACGGUACUAUUGCAGUAUGAAAGUCCUCUUUUAGUAACCAUCAAGAGCACGAUCAUAUCGCCUAUGCAGCAUCAACUCAAAUAUUUUGUCCGAGGGACCCAAGGGUCUUUCGUCAAAUACGAUACUGAUGCUCAGGAGAAUCAAAUUCUGAGUGGCAUGAAGCCCACAGACGAUAACUUUGCAUUCGACACUGAAGAUCAAUGGGGCGUUCUAACUACCCGAGAAAGGUUCGAGUCUGGGACCAUAGACCAGAGUUAUGACCAGAAGCAGAACUAA